AUGAAAACUCGUGCAUUGUCGAAGGAAGCUAUAAUGUCCACGACUCCAAAAUCUCCUAUACUCCAAUCAAGUGAUACGGAAUUUACAGAAACGCCAUCUAAAGGAUUGGAUUUACCUGAUGGUGUUACUAUCGUUUGGUUGGAUGCACGAGCUAAUUCGAAAUCAGUCGAUGAUAUGGAAACGAAGUUAAUGCUAGAGAAAAUUCAUCCGUCUGUACUUACAUUUGAUGAUGUGAGGAACUGUCUGGAUGCUUUGAGUAAAAUAAGUAACAAGAAAUCUCGUGUUUUUCUUGUUGUCUCUGGUAAAUUUAGCACUCUUAUUUUAUCUGACUUGAACAAGUUACCAGCAAUUGAUUCUGUCUUCAUUUUUUGCGCUCGUCCAGAAAUAUAUCAACAUCUAGUUGUCAAAUACUCUCCUCAUGUGAUUGAUGUUUUUACAGAGCAAGAGACAUUGCAAUUAUCUCUUGAAACUGAACUCAAUAAUUAUCAUAUGCGGAUACCAAUUUUCAAUUUCUUUGAACAAAAGCAAAGUGCUGUUAGGGAUCUAACAUAUGAUGCGGCAUCUUUUCUUUGGUUCCAAUUACUUCAGAAAGUGCUUAUGGAGACUCAAUAUGAAACAAGCGACAUAAAACAUAUGAUCGACUAUUGUAGGAAACAUUAUGAACGAAAUCCUCAACGGCAAAAGUUCUAUUCGGAUAUUGACGAAUUCGAGAAGAACUAUAAGUCUUCUGACGCGAUCAAGUGGUAUACACGCCAGUCAUUUGUCUAUAAACUGACAAACAUCGCUCUACGUACAGAAGACAUUGAAGCACUGUAUAUUUUUCGCCUUUAUAUAUCGGAUUUAUGUCGACAAUUGGCAACUGAACACAAAAAACUCCGUAUUCAAAACAAAAAGUCACCUGUUUUAAAACUCUAUCGAGGUUGUCAUAUGUCUUCAGAAGAGUUGACAAAGUUACCAAAUACAAUAGGUGGCAUGACUAGUAUAAAUGGAUUUAUUUCAACAAGUGUGCAACAAUGGGUAGCCGAUGAAUUUUUACAGCGCGAGUCACAUCGUGGACCUGACGCACAAAAAGUAUUAUGGAUCAUUGAAGCAGACUGUCGCAUCGAUGGCAUAAUCUUUGCCCCUGUAGCGCAAUAUAGUGUACAUCCUGAAGAAAAAGAGGUGAUAUUCAAUAUAGGAAGUGCUUUUCGUAUUGAUAGUAUAACACUUAAUGAAGCUAAUAAUAUCUGGCAUAUAAAAGCGACAGCUACAAAUGAUGGAUCACAUGCUUUCUCAGAAUACAUGAAAGUACUUCGACGUGAACUAAAGGAAACAAGUGAAAAAGUCAUAUUUGGAACGUUACUUAUUGAUAUGGGUAAAUAUGUCACAGCUCAAUGUUACUUCAAAGAUUUAAUUGAACGUUUUAGUGGCAGUAAUCACCCUGAUUUAUCAGAUUUUCAUUAUAAUCUAGGAUUGACCUAUAGCUUUCAAGGAGAUCUUGAUUUGGCUGAACAGAACUUUCUUCGAGCUCUGAAGUAUCAAAACUUGGUUCCAUUGAAACAGCGUGAUAUGGUGCGUACGUUAAAUGCACUUGGUUGGGUUCAUCAAGACAGUGGAGCGUUAGAUGAAGCCAUUGACUUUUAUAAGAAAGCCGAGUACAUCUGCGAAGAAAAGCUUGGAUCUAACGAUCUUGCUAAUGCACAAACAUACACAUACAUGGCCAGAUAUUAUUUGGAACGACAACAAUAUAAUGAGUCGAAUACAUGUUAUGAACGUGCAUUGAAAAUUCUUCAUCUUUACUUUCCCAAACAACAUCAACGUCUAGGUAUUAUACUUAGUGAAAUGGGUGAUGCAAGACGCAAACAAGGUAAACCUGAACAAGCUCUCGAGCUAUAUAAACAAGCUGAGGCUAUUUUCAAUGAUAUUUUGCCUAAACAUCAUCCAUGUAUGGCCUACUGUUGGAGUGGUAUGGGAUUAAGUUUUUUACAGCUGAACAACAUCAAAGAGGCUCAAAGCCAUCACGAAAAAGCAUUACAGACAUAUCGACAUGUCUUACCACCUGAUCAUAUAAAUAUUAGCAUAAGUGAAAAAAAUCUAAAGUGUAUCAGAUAUGACCUCGUAAUAGAUAGCUACUUACAAGUUUGCUCACAAGUUUGA